GAGGCUGAGCUGAGGGCGCUGCCCUUGCUUGGCGGGGAGAAAAAGAGGCGCCACCCAGCGCGCCGCCGGCCACCCUCUGCUGCGCCUCCCGCGCGGCGGCCUUCUGGGCGGCAAGACCAGAGGGAAACGCCGGGCAUCUCCGAGGGGGCGAGGCGUGGUUCUCUGUCCAUUACAGCCUGGGGUGCUCCAGCUGCGUGGGACUACAACUCCCAUCAGCUCCAACUGGCUCUGGGUUGUCAGGAGGGAGGAGUUCAGUUUAACCCUGGGGCAACACCCCAAGAAGCGUCAUUAUCAGGGCCGAAGAGUAGCCCCGUUUGAGCUCUCGUCAUUGACACGCUGAAACAUGUAGAUGUUAAUGUGGGAGAUAAAUCCAAAAACGCAUUUCCUCCCUCCCCCCGUUGUAUAUUCCCUUCUCGUUGGCCAAACUUAUUUUAAGCUUCCCAUAAGAAAUGCCUCAGUCUUUCCCAAUGAAAGAUCUAUCUUCAAAUACUUUGUGCUGUAUGCCUUGGCUCAUGCUUCUGUUCUUCCGAUAAGGGAAAUAACUUGGUCAGUGGUCACGAUUGGAGUUGUAAUCUCAACAGGUUCCCCACCUCUGGUUUCUAGUCUGAGGGUGAACUGAGCACUCCUCCUUGAUUUGUUUGCAGGGAAGUUAGAGGAUGUUGCAUCAAAUGUUAUCCCACACUUUGCCUGAUCCCCUCAUUUUUCCUUAUCUGAUUUGGGGUGCAAAGCAGGUUUGCUGUGCAAAAAUUGUGUAUCAUCUUAAAUUGCGCAACUUGCUUGAAUCUCACUGGCAGUGCCCUGACUCUCUGAUAACAGGGCUUUUAAGCAUUUGGUGAAGGCAACCUUAAAAUCUGAAAAAGUCCAUGCUGUAAGAAAUCUCCCUGCAGUCCUGGGAGCACUUGUAAUCAUCAAUAAAGUCUUCCUUUAGACUGAUUUAGAAACCUGAUCUUUUGAUAACAUUAGAAUCUCUGUCUGCAAUUCACAAACCACUAUCCCUCAGACAGACACACUUCUAUUAGAUCUGAAUCUGAAACCUGUGUGUUUCAGAUCAGUCUGUUCUCUGUCCCUCCCCCCCAAAAAACUCAUUCUUAAACUGUGAAACAUAUAUUUUUAGACCUCAGAAAAAUGACUGGCAGUCCCUACUUUCAAGGGAACAGACACUUGGAAUGCAGUUCUGGCCUUUUCAUCUCUAAAAAGAAAUUGCAAAGCUUCAGGAUGAUGCAGAAAAGAGCAACUAAACUUCAUCUUUUCCUGCGAGAAGUUUAACAGUGUAGUCAUAUGUGUAUCUGCUCACAUCUACUUUCAAGUAAGUCCCAUUGCUUUCAGUGGGACUUGCUUCCUGGAAAGUGUACAUAGCAUUGCAGUCUAAAGCUCUUUAGUUUUUUAAAAAGUAAGCAAGAUGGGGGCAGCCCACAAACAUAAUAUCUAAAGUAGCAAGUGGUGUGGAGUCAAUUCUCUUUCAAAUCACUUCAGUUUGUGGUACCUAAGGAAGGUGAUGUCCUUGCCUUGCAUCACCAUUCAGUUGCCUAACCCACUGCAUUUUGCAGUUCUUCAAUCAUCUGCUUGGAACUGAGAAGUUUUUACAGCUUAGGAUGAGUCGCACAGUUUCUACAGUUGGGGUCCUCCUUCUGUUUGGACUUCUGCUGCCCACCGCAGAGGGGAGCAAGAGGAACCGUGGAGCCCAGGGCGCCAUCCCCCCGCCUGACAAAGAUAAACCCAAUGAUUCGGAACAGCCGCAGCAGCCGCCGUCGCCACCGCAGCAGUCGGGCGCCAGGAUCCGUGGCAAGGACAGAAUCAAGCCUCCAUCUGCUGAAGAGGUGCUGGAGUCGAGCCAAGAGGCGCUGCACGUCACUGAGCGACAGUACCUGAAGCGGGACUGGUGCAAGACGCAUUCCCUGAAGCAAACCAUCCACGAGGAAGGCUGCCACAGCCACACCAUUAUCAACAAGUUCUGUUACGGGCAGUGCAAUUCCUUCUACAUCCCCAGGCAUAUCCACAGAGAGGAAGGCUCCUUCCAGUCCUGUUCCUUUUGCAAACCUAAGAAACUCACCACCAUGUCUGUCACACUGAACUGCCCGGAGCUUCAGCCCCCGAGGAAGAAAAAGAGGAUCACGCGAGUUAAAGAAUGUCGCUGUAUAUCCAUAGACUUGGAUUAGGAGGCACCACAAUGGGUGUUCCAGUUCUUGCCCUUGACUACAGACGCCCGAAACCCAAUCUGUCUGAAUGGGACACAAACAAUAGAGAACUGCAACAAAAACAAUGUAUGCGUAUCUGUGUGCAAGUGUGAAUGCCAAUACAUCAAUUACAAAAGCAUGCAUAUGGAAUAGCACCACUACUUGGAGUGCAAGUUGUCACCUAUUCCUAGGGUCAGUAUCUCACUAGUUCACCUGUGUGCUGGGGUUCCUGCGCUUCCAUUUUCCACCAGCAUCUGUGCCAUUGACUUGUGUACCUGUUGCAAGUGAGAGCGUUGAUGUUCUCUAGGUCCAGUGUUAUUUCUUAGAACAAAAUGUUAACAGGGAUGCAGUAGUAGACUUACAGAAAUGCCCCUUGUAAAUAGUGUUCAGUAAAGGGUGCAAUUAUAAUUGGGAAUGAAUGUUCAGAAGCAGCUUUGUUUGGAUCGAAAAACACAGCCACUAGCAUUAGAAGACUUUAAUGGGCAAGGAAAAAAUGAGAAAGUACAAGAAUUAAGAGCAACAAGGGAAGGCAACGUGCAUAAUGACUCUACUGAUGCUUUGAAUGUACUUUAAAAACAUUUUUUAGUUAAGUAAUUGUCUUGGGAUGCUGCAUUCUUUGACUAUAACUGUAGUGUUUAAUUCCAUCAUUAGCUUUUAGGUUUGCCGUAAUAAUUUGUCUAAAAUCUGUUAAUGUAUAUGUGUGCACAUCUUUUCUAUCUCCAUUAUACUAUCAGGUAAUUCAGCUUAACACAGAAAGCACAAUUCUACAGUGAUCGUUUAGGACUUCAAAUGCAAUAAGCAUACAAAGCUAUAUAUUUCAGAGCUUCAAUAGGAGCUGUGUGAUAGAUGCUGCUUAGUCUCCGGCCCAAAGGAUGUACUGCCUUGGCCAUUUACCUUGCAUUUAUCCAUAUUAUCUUUGAUUUUGGAUUUGCUAAACUUUAGGUGCUGUUGGGGGCGGGGCUGGGCGUGUGGCAGAGUGCUCAGUCUUUCCUUCAGCAUUUACUGAAUAUAAGGGCCUUUUCUUUGAACAGCUCUUGAACAGUCCAUUCAUGUAUAAACAUGUAGCAGUAAUAUAUGGUGAAUAUUGCCUUUUGUCAGAACAGAACAGAACAGCCUUGAGAGCGAAAAAUGGUUUUUAAGUGUAAAAUUCAUUAUGUAUUACUAUUACAUGGUUUGUAGCUGAAUUCAUCUUUGACCAGUUCCCCCUAUGUAUGAUAGGGUACCACCUCUCGUGCCUCCCCUUUGCUUUAUUUUUAUUUACAUAUACAGAUGUGGCCACCUCUGUUUCCAUCCCCAUUGUAAACUUCUGGCCUUUAUUUAUAUUGUUGAAGCCCCUGGACAGAUAGACUGGCUUUUGAAAGUAUGAACACAUUAACCAGCUGUCUAUGCACAGUAGGCAAUUUGUGGUUCAUGCCACAAGGAGAGGACAGGUAUUUAUAGAAAUAAAACACUUAUUUGUCUGUAACAACGAGGAGCCUGCCAAUAACGUGUCUGCUUAAUAAGCAAAUGUAUUCAUAUAAGAAGCAUUCUGGCUCUUGACAUAUCACACAGUCCUCAAAUAUACCAUAAUAAAACAACCCAUAUUUAUAACCUAAACUACCCAUUUAUCAUUUAGCUGUAUUGCUUCUUGUUCCAUCUUUAGAGGAUAAGUCAACAACUGUUUUUCUUCUUUUUAAAUGUUUCAUCUUGUUUUAGAGGCUAUAGCUGUAUCCUCUAGUUACUUAUUCCUCUAUUAAGUUGUAGUCCCUUGCAUAACAAUUAGGGGAUACCUCUUUCUAUAAAACCCCCCAGUUCACUGGGACCUUGACAAGCAUGAUCAUGCAUAGCCAGAUGCCUGUCAGCAUCCUUUCACAUGCAAAUGUUUUUUUACUGCCUUCAUCUAUACCAGUAACAAAUUGCAAACUUGCAUAUUAGCCCAUAUCAGGAUCACCCACUGCAAUCUUUUUUAAUAGGUAUUAUCAUACAUUUAUUUCUGUGUAGAUAAUUUUUAAAAGCCUGAUUUCUGAGUUACAGGAGAAAAUUUCCACUGUGUGGAAUGUGAAUAGUUAAGCAGGAAGAUAUUUAAUGGUUUUGGCAUUUCCACAUGAUCAGAGAGCUUUCCACUAACUACUACUUAGAAGGUAUCAAGGUUAAAGCAUUCCCUUUGCCUUCUGAACUCUUGGGGACUUUAUGUUAAUUCUUGUUUCUCUUCCUAUAAUUCAUAUACAGCUCUCACCAAGCAAUAUAUAGUUCUGGCUUUUUAAAAGUUUUAACUUUUCAUACAGCACAUUUUUGAAGCAACAACUUGUAAAACAAUUUAAGGUUUAUAGCAAGGUGGAGUUGGUUAUCUAAGAAAGAAUAAUAGAAGAUCCCUCUUCAGAAAAAUAUAUAUGUUGGUUUCAUAGGCAGGUCAUUUAUGAUUGAUUUUUCAGGUUUCAAGGAAACCAAAGAUGUAGCUGCAAAUGAUUUCAAAUCAAACCAUAUGUACUGUACUUAAAUCUGAAUUUUUCUUAUAAAACAAUGAAGAGGAACCCAAGCUGCUGUGUGUUCUGUAGAAUUUCACAAUGCAAAAGCUGUUUAAAAACAAACAACUUUGAUUUUGUAACUUGCCAACAGUUUGUUCACUUGCUAUAAUAAACAUGUUUUUUAAAAAUAUA